AUGGCACCCUUCCUGCCUCCGAGUCCGGUCUUGAAUGGUUUCAAAGAACGAGCCGAAUCCAUUCAUUCUUCAGGCGACCGACUGUACAUUGGGACAGCAACCGGAAGUCUCAGCGUAUACGAGCUCAAUGUCUCUGGCCUUGUGGUAGAUGCCGGAGAGCCCCAAGCAACACUUGUGGACACCAGGAAGGCUCUGAGCCGCCGAGCCAUAGAGCAGCUAGGCUUCAUCAAGGAUGUAAACUCACUGGUGGUCCUUGCAGACUCCAUUGUAACAUUGUAUCCGCUGCCGACGUUUGCCUCACCUACGCCUCUUGCAAAGACUAAGGGAGCUCUGGCGUUUGGCACGUUCACCGGUACCGUAUACGGUGAAUCAGACGCCAAGUCACGUCCGUCUCUUGACGGCGAGCUCAACAAGGCCAAGGAUGUCCCCGUUAUCGUCACACACCUCGCUGUUGGCUGUAAGAGGAAGAUUGUGCUGUAUUCGUGGAGAGAUGGAGAACCACAGGAAGUUAAGGAAACAACGUUGACCCACUCUCCCCGUGCGAUAUCCUUUCUGGGGCCCGACACGAUAUACUUCGGAUACUCAUUAUCUGACUAUGCUCUGUUCUCCUUGAAGACGUCGUCUAUGACGGAACUCACGCUGCCAGUGCCCACGGCAACUUCAGGUUCUGCAAUCGGCAAUAUGGGCAUGGGCGCACUGUCUGGUCUAGGAGGCUACAUGACUCUGGGCCUUGGUUCAAAGGCGAAGCCAUGCGUCGUCAGCAUUGACGAGAAAGAGGCCCUCGUUGCGAAAGACAGUGACGGAAUCUUUGUUGGAAGCGAGGCAAAGCCCACGAGAGAAGUUACAGUGGAUUGGCCGGCUCCGCCAGAAGACUUAGCUUUUGUCAAGCCGUAUAUCUUCACCAUCUUCCCUUCUGGUACUGUACCAAUCGUGCAACCAGACAAUAGUUCAACAUCCACGUCCUCUCCGCCGACGUUCAUAUCCUCUCCUGUAGUAGAGAUCCGCUCUUCGUUGUCACUCACCCCGGUGCAAACCCUUCCUUUCCCCCCGCCCCCUGACGAUACCCCUUCACCACCCAUCCAGCAUACAGUGCGCCUGCUGACAGCCUCGUCUGCCGGUCAGGGCUCGCUGUUCGUCGUGACAACUCCGUCGGAAAAAGCGACAGCCGCGGCUGUGGGCAGUGCAAUAUGGCAGUUCCAGAUGCGGCCCUGGAGCGAACAGGUGGACGAGCUUGUAGAGGUUGGGUCAUACGCGGAGGCGCUCGCGCUGUUGGACACUGUCGACGUUGCGGUUCUCCCGGACAAGGAGCGUCGGAAACGGCAAGUGCGUGCCCUGCAUGCCGUGUCUCAGUUUAUUGCGCGUCAGUACGACGACGCGAUCAACACGUUCAUUGAGCUGGACAUCAACCCGGCGAAGGUCGUCGCACUGUACCCGGAGAGCAUUGCAGGCAGGCUGUCAGUGCCGCAGGACGAGUGGAUCUCCUUGUUCGGCGGGCCCGCCAAAGUGGCGGAGAGCAAGCCUUCGUCAGUCCACAAAGGAAAUGAGCAGGAGGAAGGACCGAGUGCAGCUGCGGAGGUGCCUCCGCGGCAGCCGUCGCCCAAGGACUCGAUAGCAGGCGUGCUGAAGACGGGCCUAGAAAACAUCAUCGCCCCCGCUGCGGCGAAGGAUGACGAGACAGCGUCUGUCAUAGGCAGGCGAAAGGAGCGACCAAAGAAGGAUGAGUUUCACAAGUCCGUCGAGACGCUCAUGCGCUAUCUAUCCGACCGACGGCCCAAGAUCGACGGUGCUCUGCGCGCGCUCAGCAUCACAUCCGCCCAGUCGCACCAGAUGCCGAACCUCUCGGCCGCGUCAAGGGAAGAACUCUUCGGGCUCCCGGACGCGCCCCUGUCGGCAUUGACACCAGAGGAACUCGUACGGUUUGCGCAGAUCGUGGAUACGGCGCUGUUCAAGUCGUACCUGCUGGUGCGGCCGGGACUGCUCGGCCCGCUGUGUCGGUUGCCGAACUGGUGUGAGGUGUCUGAAGUGGAGGAGGUGCUGAGGGCGCGAGAGAAAUUCUCAGAGCUUAUCUUCCUUUACAACGGCCAAAAAAUGCAUGGCGAGGCGUUGCACUUGUUGCGGGAGUUGAGCGAGAAGGAAUCCGACCUGAGAGACAAACUGAUGCCUUCUGUCUCAUACCUCCAACGUUUGGGUCAAGAGAAUAUGGAGCAGAUUUUUGACAGCUCACGAUGGAUCCUCGAGCAGGAUUCCGAGAUUGGUAUCGAAAUCUUCACGUCAGAGGAGGUCGAGCUUCCAAGACAACCGGUGGCGAAAUAUCUGGAGGGCAUUGACCCCAGUAUAUGCGCUCGAUUUCUGGAAUUCCUCAUUGAUGAACGUGGGGAAGAGUCUCAACUAUUCCAUGAUUGGCUAGCAGAGCUCUACUUACGUAUGACCAUGACUGCGAAGAAAGAGGGAGACGAAGGCACUGCAGAGACUCAGUCGCAUAUGUACGCGAGGCUCCUCCACUUCGUCGACACGACAGAUCAUUAUAACACUCACCGACUAUAUGCGCUCUUGCCAUCGGAAGAUCUUUAUGAGGCUAAGGCCAUUCUCUUGGGUAGACUUGGAAGACAUGACAACGCCCUUGAAAUAUACGUCUAUCGCCUACAUGACUAUCUCCACGCUGAAGAAUACUGCAAGCGUGUCUACCAGCCGCAUUCGGACACUAGCAACGUUUUCCUGACACUCCUCCGGAUAUAUCUCCGACCUACUGUGACCCCGACGACGGACCUCCUUAAGCCUGCACUUGGCCUUAUCAGUAGACACAGUCCAAGACUCGACCAGAACGAAACCUUACAAUUGUUGCCGCCACUGGUCACUGCUCAAGACGUGCAGGCAUUCCUCCGCGAGGCCCUGCGCCCGCCUAUUUUCGACACUCGCGUAAGGCGGGAAGUCGUCAAGGCGCACAAGGAAGACUUGGAGCUGCGUUUGAUGUACUUGCAGACCAAACGGGUCAAGGUGACGGAUAGCCGAAUAUGUCCUCAGUGCCAUAAGCGAAUAGGCCAUAGCGUUAUAGCGGUGCACACCCCUCGGGGCGAGGUUACUCACUAUCAGUGCCGAGAGGCAUUUUCUCGCAAGCUGAAAGAGACACGGUCAUGA